AUGAACGGUACUCCCCUCCUUCCGUCUGCCUUUCCUCAGACGCCCAAGACGAUUCCUAGGAGACGAAAGCUUUUUGAAACUCCCCGGUCUCAAUCUCGCGAUGUGCGAGAAAGAAAAUCACCCUCCAAAUCCCCGGCGAAGGCACCAAAGGUGCCCGCGCCCGCGCCCCAGAAUACCAACACGCCUCUCGUCCCGGUCAGCUUGAUCGAUGCGCCCUCGCAGCGUCUCUAUGUGGUAGCUUUCUACCUGGUCCUCAAUGCGUGGCGCAUAUAUGAAUCUUGGACCGCGUCCGACGAGCUGGACUCGACUUGGUUGUUUCUGAAAUGGGUGUCGGUGGAUGGGAUCCCUCUGGGCGCGUGGCUUGCAGGAUUGGUCAAGGUUGCUUAUGAUCGUGAGCUGUCCAUCUCAGAACGCAAGGUCAAACCGGGAGACAUCAUCCACAAUGCCUCGUUGAUUUUGGGAAAGCAAAUUGUGCAUAUUCUUCCCGAAGGUUCUGCCAUUCUCAACCCGGAGCGACAGGCGCUAUGCCUUGAUUCCCAGAGAAACACUGUGACCCUUCCCAUCCGCGUGAACCAGACAGAUCCCAUAUUAAUUGAAGUGCUGCGCCUCGACCUGAACACGGGUGAAAACGAAACCUUGACUAUUCCAUUCAAACAGUUGAAACAGCUCAAGAAGCAAGCGGAAAAGAGGCAUGCAACCCUUGAUCCUGUCCCCUACCGGGAUCUUUAUCUCCCUGUCAAGAAAACGGGUAUCUAUCGUCUUCAACGGGUGGUGGAUGAAUCUCAGCUCGACGUGCGCACUCGCACAUCUGAUGCCCUGGUGGUGGCAUGCCCUCGAGCGCUGAUCAAAAACUCGCAUACAAAUAAAUGCAAAGGAGAAUUGUCCAACUUGGUACUUGAGGUCGAAGGCACGCCUCCAUUGAAGAUCAAGUAUAGUCGGCAGGUAAAUCACCAUGACCGUGGCUUUUCCUUCCAAAAUAUCCAGCCGGAUAACCUGCGUUCGCCUCUCCUCAGCCAAAGGCCAGGUGGUGCUCUCUUCAGCAUCAAUCAACCUGAUAUCUCAUGGGCACAGAGCCAGAAAAUCGAUGUCCCGUUGAACGAGUCCCUAAACGUCGGUGGAGAAUGGCUUUAUGCUAUUGAAGAAGUUCACGAUGCGUGUGGGAAUGUUGCCAACUACUCAACUGUGUUUGAGGACGCAGAGCGGCCAUCGACCAAGUCGUUAGCCCAAUGGCAUCAGUUCUCGGUGCAUGAAAGCCCACGCAUUUCCUUGUCGGGAUGCAAUGACCAACGUCCGCUGGAAGUUGCCCGUGGAGAUAGUGUUGAUCUUCCCAUCAAUUUUCAAGCGGUCGGAACUGGGUACGACGGUGACGGUCCCUUCUCAGUGGUUUACACGUAUACCGAUGGCUCGGAUGCUCAGAAGAGCGCGGAUUCGAAAGAGACCACCCUUGUACUGAGAUCGGUGGAUCAGAAAUCGCCCAUCAAAGAACCGGGCUGGUAUUCGUUGACAUCCGUUUCCAGUCAAUUUUGCCCGGGUGAUAUUCUGGAACCCGCGUCUUGCUACCUGCAUAACCCACCCGAGCCCGAACUGUCUGUCAGGGCCGAGAAGAUCUUUGAUCGAUGUGCCAAUAAUGCAGUUGGUUUGCUUGUCGAUCUAGACCUGACAGGGUCUCCACCUUUCCGUCUCCGUUAUAGCAUCGAGAACUCCAAGGGAGCCAUCACGAAGACCCAGAAGAUUGAUGGACCACGAACACAGCUAGACUUUACACCCUCGGAAGCUGGCUUCUACCGCUACCGUUUCCUUGACAUCGAGGAUUCCGUGUACUCUCCAAGAUCCUUGAAGGAUAAGGUGGCUCCAUUGGAACAAGAUGUCAAGCCACCGGCUUCUGCUCACUUUGUUGGAUCAAGGGAGGUUCGCAAAGCGUGCUUUGGAGAGUCUGUCUCGGUUGAUCUGGCUUUCCUGGGAGAGGCUCCGUGGACCUUGCAAUACGAACUCCUUCACAAUGGCAAGAGAACCAAGCAUAUGCUUCAAUCGGAUUCCGAAACGGCGACCAUCACUACGGAUAAAUUGGUGAGCGGGGGCGAGUACACCCUCGCACUUACUAGUGUCAAAGAUAAAUCGAAUUGCAAGCGGACAUUGAAAGAAACGGUGAGGUUUGACGCACGGUCAAAGCCACCUCACGUUUCCUUUGGCCAGAUCGACAAGAAGAGGAGUCUAUCUGCCAUGCAAGGCUCGAAGAUCGAGGUUCCGUUAAGACUGAGUGGUGAGCGGCCAUGGACAGUGAAAUACAAGAAUGUGGAUGGCAACAAGUCACCUCUUCAAAAGACCUUCUGGGACGAAAACAGCGUUUUGAUCGUGGAUCAAGAAGGCCUCUAUGAGCUUCUUGAGGUAUUUGACAGCUCAUGCCCAGGCUCUGUGGACCAAGUCGCGAAAGAGUUUGAGGUCUCUUGGAUCCCUCGACCCCAGGUCACCGCCGUGGAUGGCUCACCUGUCGGCUCAACAGGCAAUUAUGUGAAGCCAGAAGUCUGCCAAGGCGAUGACGACAGUCUUGAACUUCGUCUGUCUGGCAAUCCUCCUUUCGCUCUUCAGUAUGAGCAACGGCGAAAGACAGACCGUGGCACCUCUUCAGUUCGCACCAAAAAUCUGCGAACUGCACUCAACGUGUUAUCAACCGAGAUGGACACCUCUGAACCUGGUCAAUACACCUACAAGUUCACCGAUGUGGGUGACAAUCUCUACGAUCAUGACCCAAAGAGCAGUGCUCUAGUUGUGACGCAGAAGGUAAACUCGCUUCCGACUGCCCGCUUUGAUUCUCCCGGUCAUAUCUACGGCUUCUGCAAAGAGGAUGCCACUGGCGAGGAGACCAUACCAAUUACUCUGGAAGAAAUCGUAUCCAUCCCGAAGAUCAACUCGAACCACCAUAACCUGCCUAUUCCUCGACGUCAUCUGGAUCUUGGCCAACACGUAGUCAGCAUCCACAAGGUGCGUGAUUCCCGUGGCUGCCAGAGAGCCACCGAAUACGAUUCUUCCUCCGUCCGGGUGUCCGUUUCUGAUGUGCCCACGAUAAUUCCUCUUGAAUCCAAGGUGGACUAUUGCGUGGGCGAACGGUUGUCAUUCUCUCUUUCGGGACAUGCUCCGUUUGAAGUUUUCUAUACUUUUGACGGAGCUCAACGAAAGGCUACGUCGCAGAACACGAACUUCCGCCGAAUUGCCGAACGUCCAGGCGAGUUCACCAUUACCGCUGUCGGUGACGGGGCUAGUGGGAAGUGCAAGGCACACAAAGACAUCACCAAGGUCAUCCAUGAGAUGCCCAGUGUGCGGAUAAGCAAUGGUCAAGUGUCCGUGGUCGAUAUCCACGAAGGUGGGGAAGCUGAACUUCACUUCGACUUCUGGGGCACGCCGCCGUUUGAAUUCACAUACAUCCGAAGCUCUAAUGCCCGCAAGGGUAAGAAGUCCGAGGUCCUCGACAUCAAGCAUGACAUAUCUUACGAGCAUCGCAAGACCGUCAGGACCUCUGACGAAGGCACCUACGAGGUUGUGGCUAUCAAAGAUAAGUUCUGUUCUUUCUCCUCGCAGGUGCCGACUGGCAAGUCGGGUCGGGGUUCAUCAUGA